AAAUAUUCCCUGAAGAAGAAUUUGAAUUUGAUAUUGAACAAAUAUCAAACUUUAAUGAAAAUAUUACAAAUAUUGAAAAUAUUGAUACUGAAGAGAUCAAAGAAACUAUUGAAGAUAUUAGAGAAACUAUUACUUAUUUUACAAUAUAUUUAGCUAUUAAAGCCGAUAAUAUAUAUUACUCUACUGUUUUAGUUGAAUAUCUUUUAACUAGUCUGCAAAAUGACAAAGAACCUUCUGGUUUUGCUACUAUAUAUAAUGUGCUUAAUCUAGAAGAUUAUGAUAAUAAUAGUAAUCAAGUACAAAAUAUAACUCAAGUACAAGAAGAUUUAAAAAAAAAAGCACAUGCUGUAUUUCAUGAUGCAA